AACUAAGGGCCCCGUGAAGGAUGGACUAGAAUCAAGUGUGUGUCAGGUUGUUACCUCUGAAUAACGUACUGGGUGCUGCAAUGGAUCAUGUGCGAAAUUACCCUUUUGAACACGCAACAGGUAAAGAAGUGUGCAGUUACACUUGCUAUAACAUGUAGUUAGAUGCUGAAAUGUGAUGUUAGAAUUAUUCAAAGUUACUUAUAGUUUGAGUGAAACACGGAGCCCCAUGAGGGAUGGACUAGAAACAAGUGUGUGUAAAUGGUGACAACGUUAAAUGACUUGAAGUGAGAUACAGACAGGAGGACCGGAAACGUCAUUGAUCUUGUGCGGCGAAUACUGUAACUCACUCUCAGAUUUCUUGAGAUGCGAGACUGUUAAAGUUCAGCAAAAAAAAGAACAACGUUGUAUUUGUCUGUCUUUAGAAUUUCCCUCCUCUCUUCUCCAGUCAUUGGUUGCCUCCGGUGCUCUUAUCUUAUCUAUGUUGAUGCGAGGCUUUUCUAAAAGGGAGCAGACAUAAACAGAUUGAAGAAUGUCUAUUUUUCCAAGGAUUUCACUGAAGCCCGAAGUUGCUGAUUAUCUCAGGAGUGUCUUCUUAAACAAGGAGGUUUUAGCUGCAGUCGGCCAUCAGGAGGCGGAAUGCCGUUUCCAGAAGCUGCUCACCUGUCUGUCACACCCUCCUUCGCACACUUGUGUUCGGGCAAGUACCCAUCUCGCUCCCCUGGAGGAGAUCCAACACAAGUUGGCACAAGAGCUGGAAAAGCAGAUGUGCAGCUCAUCCGCAGGGGAGGUCUCCGCUCAGAUUGUUCCUCACCCGCGAAUCCCAGACGUGCUGCUCCUUCCCGUCGACGGGCCGAGGCCGGUGAAGCGGCUCGGCUCAGAGGUGGUGGUCGGCGCUCAGUGCGGCAGCGCCGUACUUCGAGGCGCUCACGUCUUCGUCCCGGGGAUCGUCGCCAGCCCAAAGUACAUGAAGGCGGGCGACGCGGUGUCCGUCCUCUCGGACUCGGAGGGGCGGUGCACCCGAGGGGCCACGAGCUUCCAGGGGAGCCGAGUGUUUGUGGGGAACGGCGUCGCGCAAGUGGACCGCUCGGCCAUCUUCUGCACGGAUGAACCUGUCAAAGGAAUAGGCGUUCGGAUGGUGGACCCACUUUACCAGAGUCCUUCCUUCGACGGAGUUCUACCCGACAUGGCAUUUCUACAGAACCUUCCCUCCGUAGUUGUGGGACACGUCCUCGGGCCCCGACCUGGAGAACGGAUCCUGGAUAUGUGCGCGGCCCCCGGAGGGAAGACCUGCCACAUCGCUGCGCUCAUGAGGGACCAGGGCGAGGUCGUUGCUUUGGACAGGAUCCGAAAUAAGAUCGAUCGGAUCCGUCAAAAUGCCCAAAUGUUACAUCUACGUUCCAUCAAAGUUUAUUGCUUUGACAGCACUCGAGCUGUGAGCAGCGACCCGAGCCCCCGGGCCGAAGGACCUCCCUUUCCACCCGAAAGCUUUGACCGGGUUCUUCUGGACGCGCCGUGCAGUGGACUGGGACAGAGACCCAACAUGUCCUGCACCUGGAGCCUCAAGGAGAUCUGCUCCUACCAGCCGCUGCAGCGCAAGCUAUUCCAGGCUGCGGUGCGGCUGUUGAAGAAAGGCGGGGUUCUCGUGUACAGCACCUGCACUGUGACUCUAUCGGAGAACGAGGAGCAGAUCGCCUGGGCCCUGGAGACCUUCCCCUGCCUCACGCUCCAGCCUCAGGAGCCUCACAUCGGGGCAGAGGGCAUGCUGGGAGCCGGCCUGUCGCCCGAGCAGCUGCGCCUCCUCCAGAGGUUCAGUCCUGAGCUCACCUGGGACCGGACGGGGGCGGCGGCCCCCCUCCCCUGCGGAGCCGACGGGGACACCAUCGGCUUCUUCAUCGCCAAGUUCCUGAAAACCUGACCUGCAGCGGGACGUCUUCUCCCCCCCCCCCCCCCCACCACACACACACACACACACAAGGACGGCAGAAGGGAACAACCGUGUUUAUGUUACAGCGCCGGGGCGGCGCUCCCCGAGACGCUCGCUGCGCUGUUUACAGCAUCUGCCUCUUAACAGCUGCUCUCUGGAACUGCGGGCCAUGUAGGGAUGAGCUUUAUAAACACCACAGGCGGGGGGGGGGGAGGGAGGCAGGCAGGCAGGCAGGCAGGCAAGUUUUGGCAAAUGCAGCAACGCUCGCAUCGCCAUAACAACAAUGACGACACAGCUGCCAUGGUGACGGCGGAUUGGCUGGAUGUGACGGAGCAGGAAGCAGCAGCAGAGAGAGCGAGCGAGAGAGAGAGAGUGAGAGGUGUGGUUCAUCCACCUGGAGGAAAUCGUGCAUUACUUCAGAUUAAAAUGUACUUUAAAAAUAACAUUCUCUUUUUGUACGUUAUGUAUUCAGCAACUGCAAAUUAAAUGAUCAAACUGAUGAAACGUAGUCAAAGUACAAAAUGGAAUCACUCGUCCCAAAGGUAUCCGUUGAGUGUCCUUUAAAUCUGCGCAAGGUUUGUGGAUUUGUGCCGACAGUGCAGAAUCACCCGCCCUGAUCUCCCAGCAUGCAGCAUUUUGAGGACCUCUGCAAUGUCCUCUGCUCGAUCCCCUCUCCCCGGGAAGACCAGAAACCAUCGUACGCGCCCAUCAACACACAUCUGUGUGGGAACGUUAAAAUGGCCGCUCUGUUUCUCUGCUGCACCGAAGGUAAACAACCCCCAGAUCCAAUCAGCUGCCCCUCUGUGAGCGCUUGUCUAUUUCGGAGGCGUCUAGUGUGUGUGUGUGUGUGUGUGUGUGGAGAAGCUAUUUUGGAUGCAUCCCAUCAGUCUUGUCGUCUGUGUGUCGAUGUUGUCAUGACGACUCGGGAGGAAGGCCCGAGGAGUCCACCUCAAUUUUUCAGCAGAGUUUCAGAAGACUAUUUAUAGGCGGUGCACUCCUCCUGUCUGGGUCUUCU